AUGGAUCCUGAGCGGCUCAUCCCAUGCCCCUAUGACAAAAACCACCAGAUCCGAGCCUCCAGGUUCCCCUACCACUUGGUCAAAUGCGGAGAGAAUAACAAGAAAAGAGCCAAAGAGCUGGCCACGUGCCCCUACAAUGCUCGCCACAGAGUCCCAAAGCGAGAGCUCCAGCUGCACAUCUCCACCUGCACAGACAACAGGGCGCCAGAGCUGUUCAGUGGGACAUCAAUGACUUUCAGUCCCAAGAAGGAACUGAAAGAGACCCCAAGAUCCUGGCAGUGUCCCCCCUGCCAAGAGGACUGGGAGGCAGUUGAUGCUUUGGAUCCAGAGAAGUUAAUACAAUGUCCAUAUGAUAAAUCUCAUCAAAUCAGGGCCUGUCGGUUUCCCUAUCAUCUUAUAAAGUGCAGGAAGAACCACCCUGAUAUUGCAAAGCAGCUAGCCACAUGCCCCUUUAAUGCCCGCCAUCUGGUUCCCAGAGAUGAGAUCAGCCAUCAUAUAUCAAGCUGUGAUGACAAAAGCUGCAUUGAGCAAGACAUUGUGAGUCAGUCGAAUAACUGCUACAGAGAGAAAAUGAACACUGUCAGCAUGUGGCAGCCGCCCCCAUGUGACGAAGACUGGGAUAAAGAGAUCCAGGAGCAAUCAAAUUCUACGUUCGUUUGGGGCACGUUCAAUAGUGGCAUAAACAACAGCCCUGGGUCCAGCGUAGUGAUGGAACCAAAGAAUAACCUAAUGCCAGGCAUGAGAGCACCCAAGUCCUUGCCAUAUAGCCUAUCCUGGAAAAGCAACGCAGAUGAGUCUGGUGCUACUUCUCCUUUUGUUCUUGGCUCCAAGACAAAUCACACCUUAAGCACAAGUCAAAGUCUUGGUGAGAGAGGCCAGGAUGGAAACCAGCAAAUGCAGGCCGCUGUCUGUGAGGCUCCUGCUAUGGGAAAGAGCAGCCUGGAGAAGAGUUGA